AUGGGUCACAUGGGUAUGGGAGGUAUGAGUCCUAUGGGAGGUGGCCGAGGUGGUAGGGGCAAUGCGGCAGCAACCGCGGCAGAGAUCGCGAUGGUUGGGCUUUCAAAACAACCACCGUUAAGACUUGAAGCAUUUCAUAUUUGUACUACGCUCUAUCUGACACAUUUAAAGGGUAAUUGCGUCGAAUAUGUGAGACAAAUACGAAUCGUUUCAACCUUUAACGCCGGGGCGCGUGGCAGCUGCGGCGGCUCGGUUCAACGAGGCUGACAGAGCCCAGCAUGACCGCAAUUUGGGGAAUUUCAUCACUAGUGGCGGUGCUGGGGUGAACAGGAGCAAUGCUGCUCAUGCGGCUGAAGGCGAAGCAACUAGUGGUGAAAUGCCAGUGAUAGAGUCGGGAGGAGACGUCGAGGAAGAGGAUUAAGGCUACCACCGAAGCAUCCUUCUAGCUACGUCAUGAUCCUUGGCCCUUUUUCUACUUGAAAAAGAAGCCGAAGAGGAUGGGGGUUUAUUCAGGGUUGCGGGCGCGGUAUCUCUAAGAGGAAGACUCCGAAGCCAUUAUGAGGAAGAAGAAGAAGAAAAAGCAAAAGGCUAGGGCUACAAACGAUAGACGCCGAACAAGUGGAAAAGAACGCUCCUCCUCCUCUAUCAGUAGAACAAGUGAAAAAAGUAGAAGAUCAUCCAUGAAGAAGAAGAUAGGCUUCGCAGCUGCCGGAGGCAGAGAGGACCACGCGAAAGCUACUAUGUCAGGAUCAGGAGGAAACUACAACUAUCAUCGCAUGUCGAAACAAGGUGCGGGUAAACAUAAAGGUGGGGAAGGUGAGAGUCUCCCAUCGGCACAGCGAGCGUCUACGGCUCACACCCCUUCUAGAGCAAAAGCGUCCUCAGUUAAGGCUUGCGGAAAUCCACCUUCUGAAUCUGAGGCAUCUUCUGAAUUGUCCUGUACCUCAAAUGGGGACCAGUACUCCAACGGAGAUGCCCUUUCACCAAAUAAGUAGAUGGAUUUCUGUUUCUGCAAGCUCCACUAAGUCAAACACCAAGAACCCUCUACUGAGGAAAUCUGUAGGUAGGCGAAUGGUGCGGCAUGGAGAGGGUGAAAGCAUGCCUUCAGCAGAUUCCCACAGCUUUCUCGACUCACUGAAAGAACACGACCAGCAUGGAAAAAGUAGUGGCGGCAAAAAGUCUGGUGGAGGAGGAGGAGGAAAGCCCGUGCACCACCUUCACCCUGAUCACCAUGUUGAUGAUCAUAAAGAUUUAAGAUCACACGACGCGAAGAUGGAGGAUGGUGAAAAGCACAAAUCGUCAAAACAACAUCACACGGAAAGUGUAACUGAAGAAACACAUCAGAAAAAAUCUCAUCCUUCGAGAAAGGUAAUACAGGGUGAAGGGUCGGGGCUUUUCGAUGACUCUAGGUCGAGCAACAGACGGAGCCCCCGCAGCGGCAGCUCAAGUAGGCGUAACGACCGUGGCGGCAGCUCAAGUAGGCGCGACGACCGUGGCGGCAGCUCAAGUAGACGCGACGACCGUGGCGGCAGCUCGAGCAGGCGCAACGACCGCGGCGGUCACUCGAGUAGGCGCGACGACCGUGGCGGCAGCUCAAGCAGGCGCGACGACCGCGGCGGCCACGCAAGUAGGCGCGACGACCGUGGGAGACACUCAAGUAGCCGUGGGGGCAGCUCAAAUAGGCGUGACGACCGUGGGGGCCACUCAAGUAGGCGUGGGGGCGACCGUGGGGGCCACUCAAGUGGGCGUAAGGACGACCGUGGGGGCCGCUCAACUAAGCAUGACGGCCUUGGAGGCCGCUCAACUAAGCAUGACGACCGUGGGGGCAGCUCAAGUAGGCGGCAAGACCAAGGAAAAAAGGAAAAAGGAGGGAAGCUGAAGAUUAGAGUCGCGGAGGUUGAUGAAAGAGGGAAGGUCAUAAAGGUUACAGGUGGCACUCUUGAAGACUUGACGAGGGAAGAACAAAAACUCGCGCAAAAAGCCUAUCGGAAAGUUAAGGCUUCCCUCAAUUCAUCUUUUUGAAAAACAUCGAUCGUCAAGGGACUUUGUUUUCAGGCGGAAAACAAGUACUAGACAGCACCUAACAAGAUGGUCAUGUAGUUGCACGUCGAGAUGGAUUAGGGCGAGCUCUAAGAAAGCGCCCCUUGGAGAAGAUACCAUCUUCAUGACGAGUAAACGAAUAAAGGGAGGCAGGGAUGUUCAUGGACGAGAGGGAAGGUCUUCACACCGCGGUGGUCGCGGACGUGGCGAGGGAAGCGCCCAUCACCACGAUCAUAGCGGAAUGACGGAAAUGAGGUCUUCGGUCAUGGAACCACUAGGCAGGGUACUAGGAGUAAACAUAGAAGCAGGAGAGGGAGAGGCGGCGGAACCGGUGGUUGAAGAAGAAGAUGCUGAUGCCUCAAGCAAGUCACCUGAGUCCUCUCUAGCAAGAACUUCUUCUGCUGCUGCAUCACCUGAAAUUGAAUCGCCUGAGUCCCAGUCCAUCUCCAUCACAGUAACUGAAGGUGGAACUAUGACUGCUACUUCUCCGUCUGCGUCUCCGUCUCCUGGUGAUGACAACCCUUCCCAACAGCUGCAACAAUCCGGCAAAAUUAUGCAGGUUGGUCGGAUUCAGAAUUAUGGCACCAUAGUUCGAUCAUGUUGAUCACUCAGUACUCAUCAGAACUCACAACUACUCAAUAGCAAGAACUGCUUCGUCUUCUAAUACAAAGCAGGUGGCGGGAAAUUUCAUCCUCCUGUCAGGGGAGAAGGAGAAUCAGUGCCCCUGCGAAAUUCGAAACAUGCUGGAGGAGAGAAAGUGAUCUCCUUGCGGGAUUCGAAGCCGUAUUCCGAGCAAUACCAGAACCGAGGUCGCAGCAAGAACAAGAUGAAGCCAGAGGGAGAAGCAUCCAGUUCUUCAAGUAAAAAAGUUAUGGCUAUCUUCAUCCCUAAGAGUGAGAUAUAUAUAAAUCCAUCUGCUCACUCUUGCGGCAGCAUGAUCUUGAAAUUGAUAAGUAUAUAAAUCCAUCUGUUGCGGCGGCAUCUUGAUGAAAAGAUUAGGGCUAAGAUCUUCCCUAAUUUAUAAAUCCAUCUGACCAUCAUGACCAUCUCCUGCGUGUCAUAUAAGGAGAAAGGUGCCUCAAGAUGCGUCGCAAGAUGGUAGCUUAGGUGAGCGCUACGAAUGAUUCAAGUCAUGGGAGUGAUUCAACUUCAAGUAGGAAAAGUAAUAGGACGUCGUCGAAGUCUAAGCCACCCGCAAAGGGUCGUAAAGGAUCCAGUGCAAAAAAGACGAAAAGAAAAAGCGAGAAAGGAAAAAAGAAUGGUGGGAAAAAGAAUGGUGGAGGCCGCUCAAGUAGUAGAAAGUCAUCUUCUUCUUCAAGAGGUAGUAAACCGAAAUCGGCUUCUCGCGACAAGAAGAAGGAGAAAAAGGCCAAGGGAGAGGGUGAAGCAGCAGCACCACCUCAUCAACAGCAUCAUUAUCGAAAGUCGUCGUCGUCUUAUUCCUCUCAAAAAGGAGAAUCUGGAUCAUCUGCAGCCAAAAAGGAAGACCGUCUAGACCAUCUUCGCAAAAAAGAAGCACAACUAUUGCAAGACCGCGACCACAAAGAUGCGCGACAACAACAUGACCCACCUCGUAAGAUCAUGAAACAGAAAGGGGAAUCGACAUCUUCGAUCUUGAACAAAAACAAGAAGAGUAAGAGGGAGCUCGUCAAAGCAGAGGGUGAAGCCCAAAGAUCUUCUCUAGGAAACAAAAGCAAGAGGGUCGUAAAAGCAGAGGGUGAAGCAGUAAGCGAUCGUGGCAAAGAGGAGUCCUCCGAAAUAGAGAUUAGUUCAGAUUAUGGCUUGAAGAUACAACAAUCGCAAUUCAUUUCAUCAGUAGACCUUGAUGUGUGGGGUGACUCCGUCACAAGGCAGCCUACGGGUAUCGCAUCCUAUGCUAUCCUAUCCAACGGUCAUUCCCUAUCCCUUUCUCUUUUGAGGUUUCUUUUUUGACAGGGUUCUUCUUCUAACCUUACAGUGAAGACGAUCCAUUUGGUGAGUUUGAGAACGAACAUAUGGAUCAGUACGGGGAAAAAAUAGGCCAAGUUGACCUAGAUGAGGACAAUCCGGGACGCGCCAGGUACAAGUUAAGGCUAUUGAUUCAUCUCUGGAGCAGAAUAGCAGAAAGACGUGCUCUAAUCCAUCUCGACAGAGAUCCCUCAAGAGGCGCAUACCAUUUAGAGAUCGUCCAUCGUCAAGCGCAUAUCAAGUAGAUAGUACUCUUGAGGGAGGAGCUCCAAGAGCACAGGGAAGAUCUCCACAGGGAUCUCGUCCACAGGGAAGUUCCUCUCCACAGCGAAGAUAGCUCUAAACAAGCAUGGCGGUGGAAUCGUGACCCGAGCAGGACAGACAGCUAACCGUGGACUAAGAGAGGGGCAGAAAGGCCUGAAUGACUAUGCGAAUCAGCGCACUGAAGUCCAACAAACCGGAUAUCUCGCUGCGAACUACCAUUAUGCCCAGCUACUUUUAAAUCCAUCCUUCCCCCAGAAGGCUUCUCGGCAUCCCUCCGCUCUUGUGAGGACGAGCGUCGAUGAGGAGACCACGAGUUACAGGGAUGAGCUGCUCCAUCCUCCUCUGUAGAGCUCCCAUAGUUAGAGCAAUUGGCAAUGCAUUCGUUUCAUCUACAUGUACUUCUAAUUAGGUAGAAAAAUUAUACCGAAGAUCAUAUGAGGGGUCCAAGAGCAAGAAAGAGAUCAACAUGAGUAAAACCUGAUAGUUCUCUAAUACCAAGGUCGUAACGCUAUGAUUGAAACGCUGGCUACGGCAAUCCAAACCCUCCGGCAAAACGUCUCAGAUUUGACCGAAGGAAUGCCGUUUGUCGCUACUGGGCUUAUAGACGUCACAAGACCUUGGCUCUCGCAAAGGCUGCACUUCGCGGCAUCCCACGAUGCACAUUUGUUGAACACUUAAGGCCGCUACAAGAAAUCCAUCCUCCCCAGCAACAUCUCGGCACUCCCUUUUUCUUAAAGGGAGUGACUAACCUAAAAGGAACCAAGAUCAAUCUCCUGAAGCUGAAUUUUUCUUAGUUUCUACGUACACAUCGAUCUUCUGAGUCUGACAAUGAAUUAUACUAAAGGAUAAAUAACUACUACUCAUACUGAACAGGAACAAGAACUUCAUAAUGAUCGUUCGACAACGGAUCACGUUCACAGCGGCAACAUCAACAUCAGAGAAACUCGUAGAACCAACUAAGAGGAGACCCAGCGAAGUCGUAGGUCCAACCCGAACCGACUAAGACUAACAUCAUCAUUAAUAAUCGUUCGAUGUUUGUGCCUUAGUUCUAAAGUAGUGCAGUGGAUCAAAUGCAGCUUCAGAUGUUGUACGACGAAAGCUGUGCAGAGCGUUGUGGCAUGGUGCAUAUGCUGGAAAAGCUGGGCGCAACCGCAGCUGACAGUAAGCGUCUCAUGUACGAGCGCAACCUUUUGGGUGGCAAAAACGUCAAUUAAGGGGGCUUACCCUAAUCCAUCUCACGAAGCAUCCUAGGCGCAAGGCUUUUCAAGGGGAAAAGUCCCCUGCUGGGAUGAAUCUCAAGAUGGAUAAGGGUCCGCUCUAAGUCGACCAUGUGAUCCGCAAUGUGUGUAACACACUUCGAGACACGCUGAUUACAGUUAAGUAGACGUAGAUGGAUUAUAAGAUGGAGGAGUUCGACUUGUUGUUUCAAAACUUCCUUCUACAAGUAGAAAUUAUACUACUUCUUCAACUUCGUGAAAGAGGGUACUCAUUUUUCCUCUUCUAGACGUAGACCUCCCAGCACUACAACGAACUGCUUCAACAACUACAAGAAUGCAUGGGGUUCUUAUACAUAUAAUAUAUUUGUUUCGUUUCAUUGUAAUUAUAGUACAUGAAUAUGUGUCAGUUUCCGUUGUAUUCACUACGACUUCUGGUCUUUCGUACAACAUCAUACGCAAGCAAAGUAGGCAGGCUCCUCCUCUAAGGAAGCAAUCGUGCAAUGCAUGCGAAAUUUUGCGUCUGUGGAUAGUAGGGAUAUGACGAUGGAGGACCAAGAGGGUGUUGCGGAACAUAUUCAAAGAGAAGUCGAUAGUUAAGGGUCAAAACAAUUCAUUUCUACAAGCCUCAUAACAAUUCAUUUCUACAAGCAUCAGAAGUCGAUAGUUGUUACGGCUCAAAACAAUUGAGUGUAGUUCAGAUUCAAGCACUGAGUUCUUUGCUUCUUCAAAGCUCCUUUCUACAAGCCUACUUCUAAGAUAGCUUAGUCGCGGACUUCGGUCUGAUUGGUAACCUGCGUGACGCAAUCUAUGAGAAGUAUCUAGGAACGGAAGUAGCACAAUGGAUGCAGACGUUUUUGCAAAGCGAGUCCGCCUUUGCCUCGGUGAAACGCAAUGACGUUGGCGCACUGUUGCAGGCUUUUGGAAUCGAUCUUCAUUUUAUGGCUCCUAGUACUGGAAGAGUAAGAGAAGACCACACUUAGUUACUGGAAGAGAAUACACGACCAACAACUCGUCUUCCUGAUGGUUUGAUCUCUGAGAUAACUGAUGAUCAUCUAUGAUGCAGUCCGAACACAACGAUGACAAGAGCAAGACUUAUUGUUCUUCCUUCUAAGGAUUUUCGCAACGUGGUAGUGACGAUAGCAUUUACGACAGCGAAUUAUCUGUAUCGGCAAUUUUCGACGCAGCAAGUGCAACUCAAUCAGAAAGGCGGCAUGGCAGCGGAAGAAAUUCUGAAAUGUGGGCGCUUUGAUUUCACAGAAAUAGAAUUGGCAGUCUUGUCACCCGAACAAAGGUUAAGGCUGGUGCAGCUGGUGUCUCUGGUUGUCGUUGUAAUUUAUCAUAAUUCAUAUAACUUUUAAACCUUGGAUCAUGAUGUUCAUGAAGAUAAAAAUAUGGAGAUGGUUGUUCUACUAGGACGAAUCCUAAUAUUGGUACUAUUCAUAUAAUAAAGUGGUGAAUCAUUUCGGAAAACUCCUGUAUUUUGACUCUACUUCCAAUCCAUUUAAAGAUGAGUCCCAAAGAUGAUCCAUUGAUUUAUUCCAUAUAAUCGUCCAUUACCAUAAUUAGGGGAACAAGAAGAAGAACCUCCUCAUCGUCAUCAAGAAGGUGAACUUUAGCGUCCCCUAAAACAAGAAGAAUACGAGAACAAUCGGAGAAAAAAACGAGACAAGCGAACGGCAUUGCAACGGCUGGAAGACCAAGAGAGAGAGGAGGAGAAGCACGUAACGAACUUGAAUUUGGAUUUGAGAGUGGUGAACAGCUUCUUAAUCCAAGAAUACAGCAUCUACAGAUCAGCAAACGAUCCCGAAUCGACGUACGCUAUGCAGGAUUCUCAAGGGACAGGAUUUCUCGUUGACGUUCCAGUUUUCUCCGAUGUGCAAAUUGCUAGAGGAAGUAAAAACCUAGCGGCCUUAGUGCGUCAGCGUAUCCAGGUCUUGACGAAGCGAGCUGCCGGUCUUAGUAAAAUAAUGGGAGCUACAGAUAGAGGCACACUUUUGUACGAGGACCGUCCCGAAGUUCAAGAACUUGAAUAUUAAGGCGCAAUACAAAAAUAGAAAUUCAUGCUCAAUCAUACAAUGAAUUGAGUUAUCCAUUGGGAUAAAUGCAAAUACAGGCAAGAAAAAAUGUUGGGUCCUUUGAGCUCUUCUAAGAUUAUUGGCGAUCGAAAAUGGUUGAGAUACAGUCCUAUGCGCGUAUGGCAACCGACAUUAACAACAUUGGGAAGCAGAUCAAGGACUUUCAUCCGGAGCUAGAUUUACGACUGAAAGAGCAACUUAAAAUUUCUCGUAAGUAGCCGUCUUCGUCUCCACCUAAACUAUACGAAGACGACUACUUCUUACAUAAGAUAUCGAUACGUAGUCCCUAAGUCAAGUGACUAUCGAAGCGUAUUAUAGUUUAGCAUCUACGAUACGAUACGUAGUGGUCGUCUUCGCCCACCACGUCGAGUAAGAAGUUGAAACUUGUUCUCAUAAGUACUUAGUUGUCUUCGUCUCCACCUAAAUCGUACAAAGAAGUCAAACUAUACGAAUACGUGGACUCAAAAAGGUGUGAUUUCACUUGCGGUAAUGUGUAUAAUCAUCUCAAGAAAGAAACAAAGCCAGCAUGACCAUGUAAACCUAUCACUUAUAGUUUUUACUUGCACCAGGUUAUUGUUACUUUCACGGCCUAACCAAUUAAAACUUCUACCUCGUGUCAGGCACAUCAAUCAAGGAAUCCAUCAAUUUUCAGUCAAUUAAAAAUCAACCACCAGCUCUAAUUGCUAAAAAGGCGAUGAGACAGGGGAACGACGUGAAGUUUCUCGAGAAGUCCAAAGCCCAUUUCGACUUGCAGUUGCGUCUUCAGUUCAUCCGCCAAGCGAUUGGAUUAAAACUGAGGCUUUACCUUAAGGCCACAAUAACAAUAUUUUUGAUGAAUGAUCCAUGUUUGUAGUACUAGUACAACUUGUCAACAAGUAUGAUCUUCAUGUUCAAGUUCAUGAUCUAGUACAUAUUGUAUUUGCUACAACAACUUAUUUUGCUUACGCUGAAAGUUUAUGCUGCUACAACCCCAAGUAGUGCAAACUUUGCUUUUCCAACUACGCACUACAAGCAUCUCUCAUAUCUUGUUAUUUGGUCCCGUUUCUUAGAGCGGAAAGCAAAGGCUUGAUGAACAAGAUGCUCUAUGUAAGUACGUACGUGUAGGAGGUCAUCAUGGGAGGUGAAUUGGAAAUGGAAAUCGAUUUGUCAGAAGUUCUACUCGUUCUAAUUACCAGACGGCGCUUUCCCACUUCCAGCACCGUAGUAUGGCUGACUCGGCUGCUGUGGACUAUAAGGGUGAUCCAACCGUCAAACACUUCACUCUGAAAUAAGAUGGAGCAGAGAAGCAAGAGAAGAAGUGAACUUGAUGUAUCUAUUUGUGCAGCUGAACAACAAGGACGAAAGGACAAGAAGGUGAAGGAGCCUCAUCAAGUAGUUCAGAACAACUUCGCCUUAGUCAACAUUAUAUAGCCACUUCUCGUUAAGACUUGAAAUGCAUAGGGUGCUAGUAGUAGUACAUGUAACUCUACACGUCAUGAUAUUACAUAUGUUGAACGUAAAGGGGAUGAAGAUGCCAUUGUGCGUUUUCCGGCGCGGCUUGUAGUUCCCACGGUUUCCUAAUUCUUUCCUUGAUGACAUAGCGAUAGCCGUUCCGAUUACAAUCGCUGUUCCGAUUACAACCUUAAUAAUAAGAAUUUCAUUUCUACUAAUGACGCUCAACGAACCCUGCGUUCUCCUCCUUCUAUCAGAAUCAGAUACUACCUAGGAAAGAGUUAGUACGAGAUAGACAUCCUACUGCUACUCUUCAGAUUAACAUGAAUAUCAUUACGAUCCUGCCGAAAUUUUUCGAAGAAACAGCGCUUGAUGGACAUUGAAAAUGCAGUUGCUAAUAUACUUAGUGUAUCAUGUAUAGUUGUGACUAUUCUAAUCUAGCCAUAUCAUCGCAAAAGAAAUUUUGAAGUUGUCUAGUACUAGUACUAGUAGCAGUCGUAGCUGAAUCAAAUAAAUCAAGAUGAAUGUUUAUGAUGAAGCAUACAACAUCUUCAAGGAUAUGCAUCUCGGUUCCAAAAGUUAAGCAACCAUGUUGAAAUAGUGACAUCAGAAAGGUGGAGAAGUUAUAAGUAGUCGUGCGCUUUUGUGCGAGGUCGGGCUCGGGGUCGUUGUUCAGCCUUCAACAGACAGACAUUGUUCGGCCUUCAACUUCAUGCGAUACCAGUAU